CCGCGGCGGCCGAUGGUCCGCGUUGUGCCGCCGCCCCCCGCCCGCCCCGCUCCGACCCGGCAGCGGCCGCAGAUGGCGCGGCGGGGACCGGGCAGGCGGGGCGGGAGGUCACCGGCGCCGCCGCCGCCGCCGCUGCUGGCGCUGCUGCUGCUGUUGGUGCUGGGCCCUGCCGCCGUCGCCGGCGAGGAGGUGGCAGUCUCCAAGGAAUGCGACAAGCCGUGCGCCAACGGCGGGCGGUGCCAGCCGGGCACCGGGCAGUGCGAGUGCCAGCCUGGCUGGGUGGGCGACCAGUGCCAGCACUGCGGGGGACGCUUUAGACUCACUGAACCUUCAGGAUAUGUCACAGAUGGGCCUGGAAAUUACAAAUACAAGACAAAAUGCACCUGGCUCAUUGAAGGAAGGCCAAAUACAAUCCUCAGGCUUCGAUUCAAUCACUUUGCCACAGAGUGCAGCUGGGACCACUUGUAUGUGUAUGAUGGAGACUCAAUUUAUGCUCCCUUACUGGCAGCUUUUAGUGGUCUUAUUGUUCCUGAGAAAGACAGCAAUGAAACAGUACCUGAAGUUGUAGCUACUUCUGGAUAUGCUCUUCUACAUUUCUUCAGUGAUGCUGCCUAUAAUCUCACAGGGUUUAACAUCACCUAUAAUUUCAAUAUGUGUCCCAAUAACUGCUCCGGCCAGGGGGAGUGCAGGCUCAACAGCAGCAGCCUGGCCCCACAGUGUGAGUGUGCCGAGCGCUGGAAGGGAGAGGCCUGUGACAUUCCCUACUGCCCGGGGAACUGCGGCGCUCCGGAGCGCGGCCACUGCAGCCUCAACGGCUCCAGAGCCUGCGUGUGCUCUGCAGGCUGGCAAGGUCCUGGCUGUUCAGUUCCUGUUCCUGCAAACCAGUCGUUUUGGGAACGGGAAGAAUACACUCUUCCAAAACUUGCCAGAGCAUCUCACAAAGCCGUCAUCCAUGACAAUAAAAUGUGGAUUGUUGGAGGCUAUGUCUUCAAUCAUUCUGACUCUCAGAAGGUUUUAGCGUAUGAUCUCAUUUCUGAAGAGUGGCUUCCACUGAACAGCUCUGUGAACUCAGUAGAGAUGAGAUAUGGUCAUUCACUGGCGUUGCACAAGGAUAACAUCUACAUGUACGGCGGCAAGCUGGACGCCACGGGGAACGUGAGCAGCCAGCUGUGGAUGUUCCACAUCCCGCGGCAGAGCUGGGCCGUGCUGGCUCCCCGCGCCAAGGAGCAGUACGCCGUGGUGGGGCACUCGGCACACGUGGUCACCCUGAGGGACAACAGCACCGUCAUGCUGGUGCUCUUCGGGCACUGCCCCCUCUACGGCUACAUCAGCAACGUCCAGGAGUACAACCUGCUGACAAAUACCUGGAGCAUCUUGCAGACGAGCGGAGCUCUGGUGCAGGGAGGGUAUGGUCACAGCAGUGUUUAUGAUCCAAAUACAAGAUCAAUCUAUAUCCACGGGGGUUACAAGGCCUUCAGUGCCAACAAGUACAGGCUGGCAGAUGAUUUGUACAAAUAUGAAGUGGAUUCCCGCAUGUGGACUAUUCUCAAAGACAGCCGAUUUUUCCGCUACUUGCACACAGCUGUGAUAGUGAGUGGGACCAUGCUGGUGUUUGGAGGAAACACUCACAACGACACCUCCAUGAGCCACGGAGCCAAGUGCUUUUCUUCCGACUUCAUGGCCUAUGAUAUCGCCUGUGAUCGAUGGUCUGUGCUGCCUCGCCCGGCUCUGCACCACGAUGUCAACAGGUUUGGGCACUCUGCUGUGCUGUACAACAGCACCAUGUAUGUGUUUGGAGGCUUCAACAGCCUCCUCCUGAGUGACAUCCUGAAGUUCACACCUGAGAGAUGUGAGGCUUUUGGCAACGAGUCGUCCUGCCUGGGGGCUGGCCCCGGGGUCAGGUGUGUGUGGGCUCUGCGCCCUCCCCGCUGCAUCCCCUGGGAAAAGGCAACACUGGCGCAGCAGCAAAAGGUUUUGGAAGACUGUCCUCCCAAGCCAGCUGUAGACAAUGAAAAAUGUGAUCAGAUUACAGACUGCUACAGCUGCACAGCCAACACAAACAGCUGUCAGUGGUGUUCUGACCAGUGUAUCCCAGCACACAACAACUGCACAGAGGAACAGGUUCCUGUUACUAUCUAUGAGAAUUGUCCUAAGGAUAAUCCUGCCUAUUACUGUAACAAAAAGACAAGUUGUAAAAGCUGUGCCAUGGAUCAAAACUGUCAGUGGGAACCCAGGAAUCAGGAGUGCAUUGCUUUGCCAGAAAACAUCUGCGGAACAAACUGGCAUUUGGUUGGCAACUCCUGCCUGAGGAUCACCAACGCCAAGGAGAACUAUGAUCAUGCCAAACUGUCCUGUAGGUCCAACGGUGCUUUACUGGCUUCUCUCACUACCCAGAAGAAGGUGGAAUUUGUUCUGAAGGAGCUGCAGAAGAUUCAGUCUUCACCCAAAACUUUGACUCCAUGGGUUGGACUGAGGAAAAUCAAUGUCUCCUAUUGGUGCUGGGAAGACAUGUCCCCCUUCACCAACACCCUGGUCCAGUGGCUUCCCGAUGAACCCAGUGAUGCUGGAUUUUGUGGAUAUUUAGCUGAGCCUUCCCACCAGGGGUUGAAGGCAGCAACAUGUAUCAAUGAGGUCAACGGCACUGUCUGUGAAAGGCCAGCCAACCACAGCGCCAAGCAGUGCCGCACGCCGUGCGCGCUGCGCGCCGCCUGCGCCGAGUGCACCAGCGGCAGCUCCGAGUGCAUGUGGUGCAGCAACAUGCAGCAGUGCGUGGACUCCAACGCCUACGUGGCCUCCUUCCCCUACGGGCAGUGCAUGGAGUGGUACACCAUGAGCAGCUGUCCCCCUGAAAACUGCUCAGGGUACUGCACUUGUGCUCAGUGCCUGGAGCAGCCGGGCUGCGGGUGGUGCACGGAUCCCAGCAACACCGGCAAGGGCAAGUGCAUCGAGGGCUCCUACCGGGGGCCUGUCAGGAUGCCCACCCCCUCCACGCCAGGGAAACACAGCCUGGAGCCUGUGCUCAACGUCAGCAUGUGCCCUGCAGAGACCAGCUACAACUGGUCCUUCAUCCAGUGUCCAGCGUGCCAGUGUAACGGGCACAGCCGGUGUGUGAACGAGAGCGUCUGUGAGAAGUGUGAGAACCUGACCACGGGCAGGCACUGUGAGACCUGCAUCUCGGGCUACUACGGGGACCCCACCAACGGGGGCACCUGCCAGCCUUGCAAGUGCAAUGGCCACGCGUCCGUCUGCAACACAAACACAGGGAAAUGUUUCUGCACAACCAAGGGAAUCAAAGGAGAUGAGUGUCAGCUGUGUGAAGUUGAAAACAGAUAUCAAGGAAAUCCACUUAAAGGAACGUGUUACUAUACUCUGCUCAUUGACUAUCAGUUCACCUUCAGCCUUUCCCAGGAGGAUGAUCGCUACUACACAGCAAUCAACUUUGUAGCAACACCAGAAGAGCAAAACAGAGACCUGGACAUGUUCAUCAAUGCAUCUAAAAACUUCAACCUCAACAUUACUUGGUCCACAAGUUUUGCAGCUGGCACACAGGCUGGGGAGGAAAUUCCAGUUGUUUCCAGAACUAAUAUAAAAGAGUACAAGGACAGUUUCUCCAAUGAGAAAUUUGAUUUCCGCAACAACCCGAACAUCACCUUCUUUGUUUACGUCAGCAAUUUCACCUGGCCCAUAAAAAUACAGAUUGCAUUCUCACAGCACAGCAACUUUAUGGACCUGGUGCAGUUCUUUGUGACAUUUUUCAGUUGUUUCCUGUCAUUGCUCCUGGUGGCAGCUGUGGUUUGGAAGAUUAAACAAAGUUGCUGGGCAUCACGACGGAGAGAGCAACUCCUGCGCGAGAUGCAACAGAUGGCAAGUCGCCCCUUCGCCUCCAUCAACGUUGCCUUAGAAACAGAUGAGGAGCCACCAGAUCUCAUCGGGGGGAGCAUAAAGACUGUACCAAAGCCCAUCGCGCUGGAGCCCUGCUUUGGGAACAAAGCAGCCGUUCUCUCCGUCUUCGUGAGGCUGCCUCGAGGGCUCGGGGGUAUUCCACCACCAGGACAGUCAGGUCUCGCCGUGGCCAGCGCUCUGGUGGACAUUUCACAACAGAUGCCAAUUGCCUACAAAGAGAAGUCGGGCGCCGUCCGGAAUCGGAAGCAGCAGCCCCCUGCACAGCCAGGAACCUGUAUUUGAUGCAUGGACAUCAGAAACUGUCUAGGGUUUUAAACACAAUGGAAAAGUAAUACCAAGGAGGAGGAAGAUUUCCAAGUCGUGUCCCAAGAGACUAGAAGCACCCGGAAAAAACCACAACUUCCUUGAACCCAGUUUUUUUCUCUCAUCUACGUGCUAGUUGGCUUUAUUUGACAACUGCUCCACUUAAGUUUUACUGACACAUGGCUUCAGAUUGCUCCUUUGUUUUCUUCAAGUUUAAAGCAGAAUGGUUUCGUUGCAGGUGCGGUGAGGUUCGGCGCCGCCACUCCUGGUCAGUGUAAAUACAACAGUAGUCCAAUGAAUGACACUCAGGUUUCUACAUGGAAAGUGCUUUGUAGUUCAUGUAUUUAUCAAACUGUACAAAAAGAAAAAGAUCCAGUGUUUACAGGUGUCAGCUCUCAACACAUAAACACUACUAUUAAUCUUCAAAGCAUCUUCAUUCUUUGUUUUCAUUUAAUAUUUAAUUGUUCCCUCAUUAUUUCAGUGGAACUCUCUUCCAGGCACAGCCUUUUUGUAGUCAUCAUGGUCCAGGAAUGCAAAAGCUGGGAUGGUUUAAAGGUUGAUGUUGCUCAGACCACAUAAAAUAACUGGAAAGUUGGAUGUUGCUUUGGAAAGACUCAGUGUUUACAUAGUCUUAACCUGCUUGGAGUACACCACACACAAGUGCCUAGACGUGAACAGAUCUAGGGAGUGAGGAGACUGCUACACACGCUGCUUUUUAACAUAACUAAAUUCCUUUGAAGGUAUGUAUACUCACAUCUAGAGUCACCCAAGGCACUCUGUGUCCUCUGUCCCAUGCAGUCAGAGGAAAAUUGCAUUUUCCUGACCAACCAAAUACUCACCCAGGUGCAAAUACCUGCAAGUCACGUAGAGUUUCAGUAUCCCAUAAGAAAACUCCCGGUUUCACCAGCAUUUUCAUAGAAGCAGUCUGUGUUCCAGGUCAGACACAUCACAUUUUUCUGAUUUUGGCCUCUUUCCUCCCCCUUCCCUCCUGCCAUCCUCUGGAUGAGAGCUGAGCUUGGAGGCAUUGCUCCCCAGUGGUUGUGGUUUGCUCCAUCUUCUUACAGGGUGUAAAAAGCAACGCUCCAGGUGCCAGGGCACUUGAGGAUGAAGUUAAAAAAAAACUUCAAAUAAAAAUCAGGCAGAGCAGCUUUGUUUUGCCACACGUUUGAGUUCUCCACAAUGACAUCCUGGUAUUUCCUGUGUAGCUUGAGCUCUGUUAGAGGUUGAAGAAGUCGCUGGUUGGUGAAAGGAUGAGACUUGCAAACAGCAAAGAGAAGGUUUGGUGUUCAAGGGGUGCAUCAAACCAGCUGAACUGCUCUGCCAAGCUGGGAUUGUGGUUUGAGGCUCCAGGUUGGACUGAGGCACCCAUCUGUGUGUGGUGGUGUCCAGUGUGUCCCCACAGGGCCUGGGGGGGCUGCAGUGGUGGGAAGGUGUCAGUGAAGGCUCCACAUGAGGGCUGUGAUUAUGGCUCUGUCAGUCAUCGUGGGUCACCCAGGUCACUGAGCUGCUGUGGAGGACAUCUGAUAUUUAAUAAUGGAGAAGUAACACAUGAAGGGAAGUGCUCUUGGGUCUGGCCAGGCAGCACCUUUCCAAACUGAAACCCAAAUAACUGCUCCUGUUUUGUGCGUGUUCUGGUGAUCAGUCACAUGUCAGCCAUUCAUUUCUGGGGUGUUUUUUUCCUAACCAUGUAUUUUGAAGAAGCUCUUUGGAGCCUGGCAGCAUUGCAAUAAAGAGGUGAAUUGCUGUAUGUGUCCAGACAGUGGUGAUGGGAACAGCCUGAUGGCUUAAGGACUGUGGUGGAUGAUAAUUCUGAUUUAAUGUGUCAUUCAACAAGUGCAAUGGGACUGCAAAAAAAUAUUGGGACUGCAGAAAAAUAUUGGGAAAAAUGCAUUAUAUAUAAAAAUAUAUAUAGAUGCAUCUGUUUCUAAACUAGAAGUUUCAGUGCUCUGUGGGAAGAAGGAAUUAUGAUCAGAAAAGGGUUGAGAUUUGUCUUAGAAUGAAGGGAUUUAGGCAAUUUAAGUUUUACCUGAUGCACGGAUUACCUCAGACAGAUUCAUCUCCUGAUAAUAUUUUCUAACUUGCUCAGUGAUAGGGUUAAUCUGAACUGGAGAAAUAAGACUGGACUAAAAUCCCUCCCCUGUUACUGUGUAUUUUCAGCCACGAUGCACAUCCUGAUGUUUGCAGAUUUCUUCUUGCUGUUUUUGGGAGGAGAGCUGCCAGCCCAGAUGAUGAAAGCCCCUGUGCUUGGAUUUCCCUCUUCAGGACAGCUCUUGGGCAGGUGCUUAAAGUUGUUGGGUUUUCCUGAUCACAAACAGCUUUCAGGACUGUAGGCCUGGAGGGGUGACAGAUUUUUACAUUAAUAAAAAGACAAAAAUACAGAGUUUGGGACGUUUUCUCAGUCCUGGAGAGCUGGGCUGUCUGGUCUGCAAAGCCUGCAGUGUGCCAGGAGUGUGGCCAAAAUGAGGUGUCAGAUACUGAAAAAAUGAGCAAAAACGAUCAAAGUCAAGGUGUAUCAGAACCAAAAAAUGUGAAUAGAGCAACAAGAGUUACAUAACUAAAAGGACCUGGCUCCUUUAGGAUGUAGCUCUACCCUGCAUCUGAUCUCCAUCCUGAUGAGGGAGAAGAGAAUUCUCAUACAUAGCUCUGCUGCAGUUUCAUCCCAGCUUAGAGGUAAACAGGGAAAAACAUGGGAAGGGCUCGGGGAAGGAGGAAUUGCUGGCAGUUUAUCACCAGGCCAGUAUCAGAAGUGAAGGAAUUUUGGGUUUAUUUCAUUUGGAGGAGAGAUGGGGGAGAAAGAACAACCUUAUUUCAUGGGAGAAUCUGUAAAUAAAUGACAAAUGGCACACAGAUUUUGCACUUGUACAUAAACUCUACAGUAACGUGCAGAACAUGGAGAGAUUUAAAGUGUACAUAAACCAGAAAAAAUAUUGAAUGUAUUUUUGAUGAUUUUAAAUUAUGUAUGAGUUUUGUCUUAAUAACUCCUUCAUCUGAUCAGUAGUAGAUAACUUUCCAGAGCUUUAAACACCGGAUUAUAUCGUGAUAUCUUGCAAAGCAGGGAUGCAUAACUUGACUUUUGUGUGUUCAAAUGUAUUUCACUUAAAUGUAGAAACCAAGUUAAAUAAUGGUUUUUCCAUUUGAAAGGGGGAAAAGCAACAUUUGAAUACAAGUAAUAAAGGUCCUUAAAGUGGUCACUACAUGGAGGAUUAAAUCAGUAGUUUAAGGCCUUUGUUACUAAAAUUGUGGCAGUGUUUCCAUUCAAAAUCACUAUUUUCAGGCUGAAAAUUCAGCGUUUGACAUCUCGACCCUCAGAAGAUUUUUAUUCUCUGAGAGGAGCCUCUAAAACAAUUAGAAAUGAAAUUUCAGAACUGUUGGGGCCCUUUUCUUCGAGAAAACAAUGGUGCCAGUGGAUCUCCAAAUAACACCUUUUUUUUAAAUUCACCAUUUUCCAUGGUUUUUAGCCCAGAAUUUUCUCUGGGCAGGUGUAGCAUGACCUUGAAACUCUCUGGCUCAAUAUUUUGGAUACAAGAAUAUUUAUGAGACACAACUUUUCAGUUGUUACUAUCACUUUCCCCGGGCUUAAAACGCACUGUAGUGAAAUUACCAAAAUAAAGCUACUUAUGAUGGGAAAUGCCUGUGAUGAACAUCAAGCCAUGGCAUGUAAUGUCCCAAAUUCAGUGGUGUGGAACCACGGACAGCCUCUGCCGGCAGAUCCACCCUCCUGAGGGUGCUUUGUGUCCUCCUUGGAGCGUGCCCAGGAGCUCCAGCUCUGUGCAGGAACGUGCCCCAGGUGCCCAGGCCCUGCUGGGCUUUGUGGGGCGCUGCAAAUGGCACUGAGCCUGCUGGCCCUGCAGGAGCUGAAAGGAGCCUUUGAGGCUGAAACCAACCCUGGGGCCUUUUCCAUACCCCUGGGGCUCCAGUGCCAUGGGGUGGGCUGCCCCCCUUCCUUUGCUGCUCCAGCUGUUCCAGCUGCUUUUCCUUCUCCAGGAGACCCUGAGCUGGGGGCAGGCACCAGCUGCAUCCAGAGCCCUCAGCCCCUUCCCACAGGAAACUGGGAUUUAUUGAUAAUUGCCUGGAUUUAUUGAUAUUAACUGGGAUUUAUUGAUAAUUACUGGGAUUUAUUGAUAUUACCUGGGAUUUAUUGAUAUUAAGCUCUGUGUAAGACAGCAGCCAGCAGGCUCUGCGUGCCCAGGGCAGCCCCUGAGCCCCUCCCGGGUUUCUCCAUCUGGGAACACCCAGGGGAGGAGAAGGGGCUGCCCUGGCAGAGCCCCUGGAGCUGCAGGACAGGGGACAGGGCUGGGCUGGGCUGGGACGGGAGGGAAGGGAUGGCUCGGGGUGUGCGCCUCAGUUUUGGGUGUGUUCUUUGCAAUUUUAGACAAAUUCCUGCUUUUUCUGAUGGUAGCUGCUGAAACAAGCUGAGUUUCCGUGGCAGGACUACUACAGUAUGUGUAUCUGCUGAUUUUCUCUGCAUCAGGGCAGGUUUUGUUCAGUCUGUUUCUUUGUUCACACAGACGAUUUGUGUGCGUCUUCCAGGUACUAGAAUUCUUUAGACAUUUCCUCUCCAUUUAGUAUUGAUUCCACAAACCUCACCAGUAGAAAAAAAGAGAAAAAUAACAAUUGUCGCAGAGUGUAUCACAUGUCAGUCCAUUUAAAAAAAAAAAGAAAAAAAGAAAAAAAAAAGAGUUUUAUAUUACUCUGAAAUUUGUGCACAAUAAAUGUUCUUUAAACUAAGAUCCUUGAAUUAAUUGUAUUCUGGAUUUUUUUCCCUCUUUGUUCUGUAAUUAUUUAUGAUUCUUAUCUGUGUUCAGACUUGAGCUUAGUUUGUUAAUAUGUAUAAUUUAGCAUUUAUUGCAUUCGUAUGUAAAUAGGAGCAAGUAUUGUAAACUAUUUCAUGGCUGGGGUUGUGGGUGUUAUACAUACACACAUUUAGGAUUGCAGUUUUUUGGUAUAAUUUUUUGUAUUGUAAAAUAACAGCUAAUUUAAAGCCGGAACGAGAAAAUUCUUGGGAGGUCUGUGCAUUUUAAAUACAAAUGUGAAGUACAUGUAUAUAAAUAAAGGUAAAUAAUGCAAAUCUUUCCUCUGAAAUAAAAAGUAGAUGAUCUGGUUAAAA